AUGGAUAAAGCCUAUCAGCGAUGGCCUCCUCAUAUCAAUUUAUUAUUUCCUUUCAUAUCGGAAAAGUAUUUUGAUGCAGCUGCUCAGUUGCUGAGAGAACAUUUACAGCAUGUAGAGAGUUUUGAUUUGACAUUGAGUGGAGUCUCGUGUUUUGAUAAAAAGACAGCUGUCCUGUGGUUGGAUCAAGAUGAAAAUGGAAAACAACAACUUGUAGAAUUGCAGUCGGUGGUGGCUAAACACUUCCCCUAUUGUGAUGAAAAGAAGAAUGAAAAUGGAGAGUUUGUACCUCAUUUGACUGUGGGACAAUGUGCUCAAAAGGUUGUUCAAUCAAAGGUGAAAGAUCUAAAUUCCAAGUGGAAGCCUGUAACAGUUAAGGUUGAGGAUAUUUGUAUGAUCUAUAGACCUGAUCAGGAAACGAGCUUCUCUGUCAUUCAUCGAAUCCCUCUUGGUGGAAGACAAUAA